CCGAACGCGCGAGCGCGAGAGGCAAAAGUUAAAUAAAAAGGAGCAUCGACUCAUUCAUUCGCCGCCGUUCGCGAGCGAGAGAAGAAUCGCUGCAUACUUUGGUGCUCAUUGUGAUCCUGGUGAAAAAAACUUGUGUGUCGUACCUAUCCUUGUGCGCGAUUCCUACUCGCCAAUCCCUUCAUUACUUUUGGUUAUACUCGAUUCAUGUUACAAGUGAACUGUCACGAAAGUUGUCAGGGAGUUGCGAGGGCUCGGAAAUUUGCAUUACAUUAAGAAGUAGUUCGUGCAUCGCUGAGCAAGGAGACGACGUGCACAGCCAGGACAGCGACGGCGGCCGAUGGAUGGAGCUCACUGGAAUGGCGCCGGCGACGAGGAGAUGGAAGAGCGCAGGUCGAUCCGGGACGCAGCGGGGGUACGGCUACAAGCCAAGCGUAGCAGCUAUGGCAGUACGGCCAGGCACGUGACCCGCAAUGAGAGCCUUGUCAAGCAUCUCGUUGCCAGCACCGACACUCUCCAAGGCAUCGCCCUUAAAUACGGUGUUACGACAGAACAAAUUAGAAGGGUAAACAGACUUUGGGCUUCAGAUAGUUUAUUUUUAAGAGAGCACUUACUAAUACCGAUUAGUGCAGAUAGUCCUCUCUCAGGCUCAAGUACAGUGACUUCAAUUUCAGAAAGCUUCGAAAGCCCUAAUGCUUCUAGUCUAUCUUCAGUAUCUUCUCCAGUGGAAGAUGAAAAUUCUUCUGUUAAUGAUUAUUUAGCAAAACUAGAUUCCUCGAUUGCAAGUGUAAAAAAAGAUAUUAAAAAAGUACAAGGCAAUAGCGAAUUUCUCGGUGAGAGUAACGAUGAAUUUGUACAACGACGAAGAGCAACAGCCAGGUUACGAAACUCUCAUCCAAUCUUAUCGAAUUCACACUUGAUCUCUGUAGAAAAUCAACGGCCUUCAUCAUCAAGUGAUAUACAAAACUUACCAUCUGCAGUAGUCAUGACCCAGGGCAGAAAAGUAAGAACUUCUUUGCAAAGGUUACAGAAAGAACAAGAUGAGAUGUUUCAGUUGUAGCAAUUACUAUACGUCCAUUAACGUUGAACUCAUUGAAUAAUUAGUUGUAAUCAUGUUUUGGUUAAGGUAGCCUCAUGAAUCGUUAGUGCAUAUGGUUCAAAAGUAUUUAGUCACGAUGCAUUAUUUUGACCGUUUAGACUGAUUUCA